UGGACGUUUACACUUCCCCGCUUGUUUCUGCCUAAGUGAGGAUGGAUCCGACAUUCCCGACGCCUGAGGAAAUGUCGUGACGCUUCUUUAAACCUCCUCGAAGGACGGCCUCGUCCUCGAUCGCGAAAAGGCCACACUUCACAGCGCAAUGGGCGAACCAACAACACAGCGGCCGGCGCUGCUCAAGAGAAUAUGGCAAUUCGCGCUCGACCUCCUCAUCAACCAAUGGUUCCUCUUCGCCCUCGGCAUCAUGAUCCUCCUCGCCUACCUCUUCCCCUCCGUCGGUAAAGAAGGCGGUCACGUCCGCGCCGAAUACUCCGUCGAAUACGGCGCCGUCGCUUUGAUCUUCUUGGUUUCCGGAAUGCAGAUCAGCACCAAGACUCUGGUUGCGAGAGCGAAGCAAUGGAAGUUGCAUUUGGUUGCACAGGGGUUGAGUUUUUUGGUUACCCCGGCGAUUAUAUUUGCUGUCGUGCAGAUUGUGAUGGCGGCGAAGAGUAAGACUAUUGAUUUCUACGUGCUUGUGGGUAUGGUCAUUACCGGGUGUACGCCUACGACUGUGUCCUCCAAUGUUGUUAUGACGCGUUCGGCGAAUGGAGAUGAUUCGGCUGCGUUGAUUGAAGUCACUAUCGGGAAUAUCAUGGGUACCUUCAUCACCCCGGCACUCGUGCAGAUGUUCUUGUCGGGUAACAUGAGUCAGGGAAAGCCGUUGAGUGGUGGUGCGGAUAUCUAUCGCCAUGUGUUUAAGCAGUUGGGAUUGAGUGUGUUCAUUCCGUUGUUUGUCGGACAGGUGUUGCAGAAUGUGCGGCCGAAGGAAGUGAAGUGGGCGUUGAAUACGUUCAAGUUGCCGAAAGUGGGAAGUUUCUGUUUGGUGCUGCUUGUAUGGGCCACUUUCUCGAAUGCCUUUGCUGCGCAUUCGUUCGAAGACAUUUCGACAGAGUCGGUUAUUCUUGUCGUGUUCUGCAACAUCGGCUUUUACACCUUCUUCACGGUCAUCUGUUUUGCCCUCGCACGUCUCUCAUUCCUCCCCCAACGUCUGUACGCUGAAGACAACCACUCCGUCUGGGCCAAAGCCGCCCGCUGGUUCCGCUUCACCAAGCGCGAGACAAUCGCCAUCUGUUUCUGUGGAGCAGCUAAGACGGUCGCGCUUGGUAUCCCGUUGAUUCAUACUCAGUACACGACGAGUCCUGAGAACAUCCAGGGUAUCUUGACAAUUCCGUUGGUGUUGUACCAGGGAGAGCAGAUCUUGGUUGCGCAGUUGUUGGUGCCGCUGUUCAAGAGGUGGGUGCGGGAUGAGAUUGAGGCCGAAAAGAUGAAAGCACAGAUCCAGGCGGAUGAUGGCAGACCGAGCGUGGAGGCGCCUGGAAUGGAGCCGGUGACUGUUCACGUUGGGAAGAGUGCGGGAGACAUGAAGGUGAAUGAGAGGGAGAGGAGCUUAAGCUUGAGCCACGGGAGUGGGAGCGAAGUUACUCGUGCUUAACGAAAACGAAGCUUCGGGAUAUAAAAGUUAGUUAAUUGUAAUGUAGGUUAGGUUAAUCCCAGUGUUGCAGCAUGUGAAAGUGAG